AUGCGCGCUGGUUCCGGACCCAUACCGUCUCCGUCGGAUAGCGUAAAUGGACAUUAUUGUUCGGUUCUAUUGGACACGGAGGAAGAUCCUUUCGCCAUUCGAUCCAUUCACUUUUGUCCUGAGUCUCGGCUACUCCUAACCGCGAGUAGUACUCACGUGUGCCUGAUGCACUUCUGUCGCCGAGAACAAGCUUACGAGAUUCCGGUCAUGGAUAUCAAUAUGGCCUACGACAGUUUGGAUGAUCUGGUCCUUGGUUGCGUGGCCGGUGGUGACGCAUUCACGGACGAUCAGCUUGGAUCCGGUCCGAGCGGCACAAUGACGAAAGAGAGCACAUUCAACCCGGCGAGUGGUAGUCGUAACGCGCAUUGUAUGCGACCUAGCGGCAGUGUUAGCUCGGCCCACUCCGGUUACGUGGUUGACCGAGAUCUGCGUGUGUUCGUUCCGGUGCGCACAGGGCAUUUGUCUUGGCCGGCUGGUUAUCAGCCCGCUCUAGUCUGUCGGUUGGGCAUCCCGGCGCUUGGAUUUGACUGUGUGAUGACAACGACGACGAGUUCAGUGAACGAUCCUACUCUCGUACCACCGCCACCGAUUUGCGCUAUCGGCCUGAAUUCCCAUUACGGCCUCCUUGCGGUUGGAAACGAAUAUGGGAUCGCCAUUUUGGAUUAUCUCAAUCGUGUCUGCUUACUGUCAACUGCCAUUUCCGAUCUGUGUGGUCCUUCUGAUCUUUUUCCUCGUCCACCGACUACUCGGUCACCCGGCCGCGCACCGAACAGUUCCUCUGGAUUGUCAAAUGCGGCGACGGUAGAUCAGGUUAGCUCUCGUCCCCGUCUAACC